AUGAAUCACGGCUACUCAGACACCCGUCGCGGUGUCUCGCCUCACAAUGACUCCAUGACCGACAUCAGCGUGUCGCUGCUCAGCGAAGACGACAAGCCGUGGAAGCAAGCAGACAUCGAAGACGGCGGCGGUUGCGCAACACGACGAAGCCGGUGCGCCAAGAAAUGCGAGGCCUUCAGGCGCUGGCGCUGGGUAUUGGACACGGCUCUGAUUCUCGUCGUCAUCGGCCUCCUCGUCGAGAGGCGAUACCUCCAGUCGCCCGCCCGCGACAAGCGUCUCGAGCCCGUCGGCGACCUGACAGGCUUUGCGCCAGAAUUCACCCAGCAAAUAACAACCUUCCACCCGACAACAGACUUCGUCCCCGACGACCCAAAAUCGCUCUUCACCAACGCCUCCCUCCAGGAGAACUGGCUCAAGAUGGUGCCCCGCGGCCUCGGCUACCUCGAGGUCAAGAACCCGCGCGCCCACAGCAACCUCCCCGUGCCGCUGCCGGAGUUCGCCCCGCGCACCGUCUUCACCACCUCCAUGACGCACCAGCUGCACUGCCUCUACGCCAUUCUCGAGAGCUACGCCGGCCUCUCCGUCAACGGCUCCGCCGCCGUCGACAUGCACUCCCACAUCCCCGAGGGCACCGAGGGCGCCGACGGGCCCUGGCACCUCCAGCACUGCUUCGAGUACCUGCGCCAGGCUAUCCUGUGUUCGGGCGACGUCGCGCUCGAGGGCACCCAGACGACCUUCCCCCCCGGGUUCACGGGCAGCGACGGCUGGGACGCGAAGCACGUGUGCAAGGACCCCAAGCAGGUGUAUGACUAUCUCGACAAGAACCGCGCGUUGGACGACCACUGGAUUUGA